UCAUCAAUUUAGUGAAUGUUUUGUCCGUUGAUUAAGGAUUAUAAAGAAGUUGUUACUGUGUGUCCAACGAGUCUCGUCAUGCAACUGCCGGCAACUUAGGUACCAUCUUUUGUAACCAGUAAAGGUUUCAUCAGUAUGGUGGAGAAACAUGAGGAUAGCCCAGAAGCCCAGAUUGCCAUCCCUGGUGCCAGGCAAACCUCACUGGGAUCCCCGCAACCCCCAAUCUACAAUACAAAGUAUAACAAAGGUAUUGAAGACUAUGAUGAACUAUUAGACGAUGAGCCAGAAUAUCCAGACGAUGAAGCGGAGAAAGAGGAAGAAGAAGAUGAAAUAUAUGAAGAUGAAGAUGAGGAUUUAGAAGGGGAGGGAGGGGAUAGUGGAGGUGAAGAUGAAGACGUACCUGAAGAGAAGAUAGAAGUCAAGGAAAGAGUACAGUCUUCCACGACAAAGAAGAGGAAGAAAAGGAAGAAGAAAAUCAUUGGAAUCAAUUUAUCCAGCUGCAAGUAUGACUCGGUGAAGAGAAUGUCCAAAAGGUUUGGCAUGAAGGAGAUGAAUGAAGAUGAAGACUGGACAUUAUUAUGGACCGACUGUUCAGUCUCACUGGAUAGAGUCAUGGAGAUGAAGAAAUAUCAGAAAGUGAACCAUUUCCCUGGCAUGGGUGAAAUCUGUCGGAAGGACUUGCUUGGUAGGAACUUGACCCGGAUGCUGAAGUUAUUUCCCAAGGAGUACGCAAUAUUCCCAAGGACAUGGGUGCUUCCUGCAGAUUAUGGAGACUUCCAAGCAUUCUGUCGAACCAAGAAGAACAAGACGUAUAUUACUAAGCCGGAGAGUGGCUGUCAAGGUAAAGGCAUUGCAAUCACUAAGAAUCCCAUGAAAGACAUCAAGCCUGGAGAACAUAUGGUGUGUCAACAAUACCUCACAAAGCCGUUUCUGAUAGAUGGGUUUAAGAUGGAUCUGAGAGUGUAUGUUGUAGUCACUUCAUGCGACCCACUUAGAGUGUUUGUUUACAAGGAUGGCUUAGCAAGGUUUGCUACUGUCAAGUAUACAGAGCCAACAAACGGCAAUGUGGAUGAUGUCUUUAUGCAUUUAACCAAUUAUGCAAUCAACAAACACAGCUCAGACUUUGUGAGGGAUGAGGAGAAGGGAAGUAAAAGGCGGCUGACUACUGUGCGUAAAUGGUUUGAUGACAAUGGGUACGACUCCAACACUAUUUGGGAUGAGAUUUACGACACCAUCAUUAAGACGCUCAUCUCGGCCCAUCCGAUUCUCAGACAUAAUUACCGCACUUGCUUCAGCAAUCAGACAAACGUGAAAGGCAGUAGCUGCUUUGAAGUGCUGGGCUUUGACGUCAUGCUAGACCGGAAACUCAGGGCUUGGAUACUGGAGGUCAACCUGUCUCCAAGUUUCCACACCGACCACAAGCUAGACAAAGAGGUGAAGGAAGGUCUUCUUCUUGACACCAUGAAUCUUAUUAAUCUAGUACCAUUCGAUCGGAAGAAAUGUGUGGAGGAGGAGAGGAGAAGAGUCAAGGAUAGACUACUUCAUCGAGGCAAGAAGGAUGUCAAGAAAGAAGAAACGAUAGAAUCUCUGGCGUCUAUUCAAGAUGCCCUGAUUAAGUUUGAAGAUGAGCAUCUUGGUGGCUUCACCAGGAUCUACCCACGUGAGGGAUGUGAUAAAUACGAUAAGUACUUUCAGCAUAGUGGCUCGCUGUUCCAAGAAACGGCAGCUUCCAAAGCCAGAGGAGAGUGCGCCAGACAACAGCGAGAAGAGCUGCGAUUGAAGCAGGAGAAACUGGAGAUGAUGUUGAAGAAGAAGCCCUCAGAACGACGAGACCCAGAAGGGGUACGACCUGAAAGUCCAGGAAGAGAGAAAUCCAAACGACGGAGUAGAGUCAAUGUACCCAGGGUAGCACUCGGGAAACGUCUCAGUCAGACCAACUCACAGACAAUGAUCAAGCCCCUAGAGCAGGAAUUCAUCAAUACCAAAGAGCCCAGAGACAUCCUAGAGGAGGAAGAGCUUGAACGGAUAAGCUCUUUACUCCAACGAGAUAAUCUAGUCAGAGGAUUAGGCGUUGUUGAACAUGUGUAUAGAUUACUACACUGUACACCGGGAACAGUUGGUGUGAUGAAGAAUGCUGAGAGACAGGCUAAUCGUGAUCUCCAGGACCUGUCCGGCAAGAGUAGUCGUUUGACGUUCAGUGACCACAUGGCGGUUACUAUGCCCCCAGAUGUCAAUGCUCUACGUCCCAAUAAUCUUCCAUAUGCAUCCCAAAACCCGCCUUCAUCCUUCACACAUCAGAUAACCGGCCCAACUUCCUCCGCCGUCCGUGUCCAGCCCCAUCCCCCAACCCACAUAUCCAGCGGUCAGUGGCAAACCAUGCUCGCUAAAAACCACCGCGCCCCAAUCACGAACCACCAGCAGUCGGCUUAUGCCGUCUCCCAAAAUCCCAACCCUACCACCCUCCAGCAGCGGUACCGCUUUGCCCCUCGGAAGGGGUAUGCAACCGGGCGUGACGCACGCCUCUCAAACACCGUUAUCCCCGAGGUAGAGUGGAAACACCUUGCGCACCUGUUUGAUCCAGACAAGACGGCACCUCAAGGAGGUAACAGGUUGAUAACGGCUACCACUCAGGGUCAGAAUGAUUGGCGAUGUGGAGAUUGUAUCAAUGGAAUCAAUCAUCAUCAUCAUCAUCCGCAGGAGAGAAGGAUACUUAGUGCUAAUGCGCAACAAAGAAGAGAAACUUCAACGAAUCAUGCGAGGCAUAACCAGCGAGGCGCUACAGGCAGCAAUACCAACUUAACAACAGUCACCAUGUGUGCGACACCGCCCAACAUCUACAUCGGAGGCGCUAGCAGCAACCACAACUUCCCUAACCUCAUCCGUGUCACUCAGAGCCCUACAUCUGGUGGUGGUGCAGCUACGCUCAAUCUAUCGGUGGUGUCAGGUCCAGCUCCAGUCUUGCACAGACCUGAGAUGGGAUCGGCUGGCAGUAUAAAGCAUUCGGCUGGUAGAGUGGAGAGACUGGGCAGUGCAGGCGUCAGUGAGGGAUAUUUAAGCAAACCCCAAGGACCACCCAUCGUGGCACUCAAACUAUCCCAUCGACCAAACUAUACCUCCUUAUGUGUGCCCAUGACAGGCGUGGUACGACCAAGCGUCAAGUGUCAACCAAAUCACAAAGACUAAGAGGAACUUCCAAUACUCUGAGGUUAAAGCAACUGGAAAUGCGUGAGAACCAUGCCGUAGUGCUGAGUUGACGACGAUGAUGCACCGAUCGCCAGGUGUAUUUUUAGAUUAUUACAUCAUCCAAGGAUGAGAGAGUCUUCCAGUAACAUGCCUCACACAUCAUGUGAGGGCGCCCUCUGUUGUUGUUGAGCAUGCAACUCCCCAUGAUGGAAGCAGAGGCUGUCGGUCGUCGUCGAUGUGAAAGAGUUUGGUCACAUGAGGAGGAUAGCACCCUGUGACCUUAUCAGCACCAGACUAGACUAAUGGCUCAUGGUGUGUGUGCUACAGGCAACUGGUCUGCACGUGGUGUCCAAUGAUGUUGGAAUGCCACAAUGAUGUACCUUUUUUAAUAGCCUUCAGAAAAGACUCCGCUAGGGUCAACAACGGCAGGCCAAUAACUGCCUUUUUUACAUACAAAAAACACUAAACUUCUAAAGCACUCUCCCAUUCCAAUGGUCCUUUAAGCCAUGAACCAUGUAAUGGUUCUUAUAACACCCCUUACAAAUAUUCUGCCUUUUCAUUGGUUUAGAGCGCGUCACAUGAUAUGUCUUAGUUUUACUAGACAACGGCCGUGUGAUUGUGCAUUGUUUGCCGUGUGAUAGUGCAUUGUUUGCCGUGUGAUAGUCUGACGGCUAUCACUUGGCGUGCA